AUGGAUCAAAUGGAGUCACUCAGACAAGAAUUCAAAGAAGGAGAAAUACCUGAAGAACUUCUGGCCUACCACUGCAAAGACAAUGAAGGGCUCAACGGCGAAUGGAUCAUUACGGAGGACCAGCGGUGA